CUGUGUGGUGUAACAUUGUAAACAUUCCUCUCGUUCAUUGUUGUCAAAAUAUUAUUUGUAGCUAGCAAGCUACUGAAACGUCCACGCCGAGUAAUUAACAAUCACAGGCACCUGCAAUCAAUAUGAAUGUAGUUGAGUUCCUGGUGUCCCUGCUGGAUGUGCAUAAACAACAGCUGAAAGCGCUGACCAGACAGGGGGAGAUCCAGGCCAAGGUCCUCAGCCAGCUGGUCAAGGAUGGUUUAACCAAAACCCUUGACCGGUCUUCACCGCAGGAUGAAGAGGAACAGAGAAGGCCUGGGAUGACAACAGGGAGAGAUAAAGACCCAGAGGACUGGGUUGCUAGGCUGACUGGGCUGCUGCAAGAGGAGACACAGAAGAAGAGUCAACCGAUCAGACCCCAGGGGUUGACUAAUGCCUCUCAGAUCAGGGUACAGGGACAGAUGUGGACUGUGGAGGACAAGAGCAGGCAGGACUUCCUGUCCUUGAGGUACGACACCCAGAAGGGAGCCAGAGAGCUGGGGCAGAGGCUUGACUCGGCUGCUAAGCACUGGCUUAGGCCUGACCUAAGGACUGCUGCACAAGUAGAGCAGUGUGUUGCUAUGGAGAAGUUUCUGUCCCUAUUGCCAAAGGAGGCUGGUGCCUGGGUGCAGAAGCAGCAGCCCAGGGAUAUGGAGGAAGCAAUCAGCAUGGCUGAGCAGCGGCUUGGGUCUGGGGUCUUCACCGUCUCCUCGCCUGCCCCUACACAGACAGACACAGCACAGAGCUCAACAGAGGCACAUGAACAAGGGAGUGUCAAGAUGCAGAGCACCAGUGAUCAGCCAGAUGCUUUGACCAAGUCAUUUCUCAACCAGCUGGAGACAGUUAAAUUGGAGUCUGUCCAUUUCAGCCUGGAGAUUCCUGACGUGGGGAUGACCAGCUAUCAGGAGGAGCAGGACGAGCAUAAGAGGGUCCCAGAGGAAGGGUCCAUCUUUGUGUGUAAGCAGGAAGUGGAAGAUCCUGACUGGCAUCAGGAGAGUGCUCCUCCAGAGCCCAUCCAAAUGUCUGUGAGAACAACAGAACAUGAAAGCAUGUCUGUGGACACACCUUACAUCUUCCUUCCCAGAAACAACCCUCUCUCCUCCACCAUGUACACGCAUCCAACACCCACAGUGUCCAGUCAGAUCCCCUCCCCACAGUCACCCCCACCCCUAGCUCCUGACGCCUAUCAUCCACAUGUCCAGGACAGCCCAGUGAUAGCCGGACUGCGGAGUAAUGCUUCUAGUGACGAGACUGAGCUUACUGCCAGGUACACAAGGCUAAUCUCUGAAGAUGGACAGUUGACCUGGGGGACCCUCUCGGGUGUUCCUUCACCCUCCUUCCACACUCGCCAGUCAUCACCCUCGCCCUCCCAUCAGUGCCCAGACUGUGGCUGCUGCUUCGCCCAGCAGAGGAACCUGGAAGAGCACAGGAACAUUCACACGGGAGCGAGGCCCUUCGUCUGUGGGGUGUGUGGGAAGGCCUUCUGCCACCGCCGCACCCUCAACAAACACACACGCAUCCACUCCGGGGAGAGACCCUUUCAAUGUACUGACUGUGGACAGACCUUCAAACUCAAAGACACCAUGAAGAGGCACCAGGUUUCCCACAGCAAGCCAGGGCCAGGGGCACGUCACCUCUCUCACUCACGCUGAUACUCUAACUAUCAGCACUUCACCUGGCUGGGAGGAGGCCUCGUGAGAAUUGACACACAACAAGGACUUGAAGUAGGACUGGUCAGGUGGCUUUCUCUGUAAAUGUCCUACAUAGGCAGAUGUAUUUGUGAGAAAACUACCAGUGUUUUCUGUUGGCGUGUUCCAUAAACAGAGGACACUGCUUUGGGUUUCACAGGUGAACUGGUUGGUGGAACAUCGCUCCCAUGUUUCCAUGUAAACAAGCUCAAAUGACUUGUUCUUUAUUUAUUCUUUUUUUGUAGAUGCCCUUGAUCCAAGAUAAAGGUAUUUCAUGCAUUUUGAUAUUGUGAUAGUUAAUCUUUAAUUAUUUGUUUGUGAUCAUGGUAGUACUUAUUUUCAGAACAGAGAUCAGAAAACAUUGUGUGACAGUGUACUGUAUUUAUUUUUAGAAUCAAUAUGUUUUAUGCAUGAUGUAUGUACAGUACCAGUCAAAAGCUUGGACACCUUCAUUCAAGGGUUUUUCUUUCUUUGACUAUUUUCUACAUCGUAGAAUAAUAGAAGACAUAAAUGAAAUCUAUGAAAUAACACAUGGAAUCAUGUAGUAACCAAAAGUGUUAAGUAAAUCAAAAUAUAUUUUAGAUUUUUCAAAGUAGCCACCCUUUGCCUUGAUGACAGCUUUGCACACACUUUGUAUUCUUUCAACCUGCUUCACCUGGAAUGCUUUUCCAACUGUCUUGAAGAAGUUCCCACAUAUGCUGAGCACUUGUUGGCUGCUUUUCCUUUAUUCUGCAGUCCAACUCAUCCCAAACCAUCUCAAUUAGUUUGAGGUUGGGUGAUUGUGGAGGCCAGAUCAUCUGAUGCAGCACUCCUUCACUCUCCUCCUUGGUCAAAUAGCCCUUACACAGCCUGGAGGUGUGUUGGGUCAUUGUCCUAUUGAAAACAAAUGAUAGUCCAACUAAGAGCAAACUAGAUGGGAUGGCAUAACGCUGCGGAAUGCUUUGGUAGCCAUGCUGGUUAAGUGGGCCUUGAAUUCUAAAUAAAUCAGUGUCACCAACAAAGCACCAUCACACCACCUCCAUGCUUCACAGUGGGAACCACACAUGUGGAGAUCAUUGGUUCACCUACUCUGCGUCUCACAAAGACAGCGGUUGGGGUAAAAAAAAUCCAACAUUUGGACUCGUCAGACCAAAGGACAGAUUUCCACCCGCCUAAUGUCCAUUUUCGUGUUUCUCGGCCCAAGCAAGUCUCUUCUUAUUAUUGGUGUCCUUUAGUAGUAGUUUCUUUGCAGCAAUUCGACCACGAAGGCCUGAUUUUCAUGCAGUUUCCUCUGAAAAGUUGAUGUUGAGAUGUCUGUUACUUGAACUCUGAAGCAUUUAUUUGGGCUGCAAUUUCUGAGGUUGGUAACUCUAAUGAACUUAUCCUCUGCAGCAGAGGGAACUCUGCUCUCUUUUGGAUGAAUAGCGUGCCCAGAGUAAACUGCCUCCUACUCAGUCCCAGAUGCUAAUAUAUGCAUAUUAUUAGUAGUAUUGGAUAGAAAACACUGAAGUUUCUAAAACUGUUUGAAUGAUGUCUGUGAGUAUAACAUAACUCAUAUGGCAGGCAAAAACCUGAGAAAAAAUCUAAACAGGAAGUGGGAAAUCUGAGGUUUGUAGUUUUUGAUCUCAGUCCCUAUCGAAUACACAGUGGGAUAUGGGCUAUUUUGCACUUCCUAAGGCUUUCACUAGAUGUCAACAGUUUUUAGAACGUUGUUUCAGGCUUCUCCUGUGAAGGGGGGCCAGAUGAGAGCUGUUUGACUAAGGGGUCUGCCAGCAGCCUCAUUCUCAGUCACACGCAUUUUGCAUGAGAGGUAGCUCUCGUUCUAUUGCUUUUCUACAGACAAUGGAAUUCUCCGGUUGGAACAUUAUUGAACAUUUAUGAUAAAAACAUCCUAAAGAUUGAUUCUAUACUUAGUUUGACAAGUUUUUUUCAACCUGUAAUAUAACUUUUUUUAAACUUUUUGUCCGACUGGACCUGAACGCGCAAUUAGCCUAGCGUCGUCCGGGUUAGGGAGGGUUUGGCCGGAAGGUAUAUCCUUGUCUCAUCGGGCACUAGCGACUCCUGUGGCGGGCGCAGUGCACGCUAACCAGGUUGCCAGGUGCACAGUGUUUCCUCCGACACAUUAGUGCGGCUGGCUUCCGGGUUGGAUGCGCGCUGUGUUAAGAAGCAGUGCGGCCUGGUUGGGUUGUGUUUCGGAGGACGCAUGGCUUUUCGACCUUCGUCUCUCCAGAGCCCAUAUGGGAGUUGUAGCAAUGAGACAAGAUAGUAACUACUAACAAUUGGAUAUCACGAAAUUGGGGAGAAAAGGGGGUAAAAUUCAACAACAACAAAAAAUGGUGCAUAAUACUUGUAUGUUUGAGAAAUUUUAUUUAUGGGAUUUCUGUUGAUUUAUAUUUGGCGCCGUGCAAUUUCAUUGGCUGUUUGCGAGGAACCCCAGUCCUAGACAGAUUAACUUUAAACAAGGCACACCUGUUAACUGAAAUGCAUUCCAGGUGACUACCUCAUGAAGCUGGUUGAGAGAAUGUCAAGAGUGUGCAAAGCUGUCAUCAAGGCAAAGGGUGGCUACUUUGAAGAAUCUCAAAUAUAAAGUAUAUUUUGAUUUGUUUAAAACUCUUUUGGUUACUACAUGAUUCCAUGUGUUAUUUCAUAGUUUUGAUGUCUUCACUGUUAUUGUACAAUGUAUAAAAUAGUACAAAUAAAGAAAAACCCUUGUAUUAGUAGGUGUGUUCAAACUUUUGACUGGUUACUGUAAGUAUUCAGACCCUUUACUUUGUUGAAGCACCUUUGGCAGCGAUUGCAGCCUUGAGUCUUCUUUGGAAUGACGCUAUAAGCUUGGCACACCUUUAUUUGGGGAGUUUCUCCCAUUCUUCUCUGCAGAUCCUCUCAAGCUCUUUCAGAGACUUGUUCCUGAAGCCACUCCUGCGUUGUCUUGGCUGUGUGCUUAGGGUCGUUGUCCUGUUGGAAGGUGAACACUCGCCCCAGUCUAAGGUCCAGAGCGCUCUGGAGCAAGUUUUCAUCAAGGAUCUCUCUGUACUUUGCUCCGCUCAUCUUUCCCUCGAGCUUGACUAGUCUCCCAGUCCCUGCCUCUGAAAAGCAUCCCCGCAGCAUGAUGAUGCUGCCACCACGCUUCACCUUCGGGAUGGUGCCAGGUUUCCUCCAUACGUGACACUUGGCAUUCAGGCCAAAGACUUCAAUCUUGGUGUCAUCAGACAAGAUAAUCUUGUUUCUCAUGGUCUGAGAAUACUUUAGGUACCUUUUGGCAAACUCCAAGCGGGCUGUUAUAUGCCUUUUACGAAGGGGUGGCUUCCGUCUGGCCACUCUACCAUAAAGGCCCGAUUGUUGGAAUGCUGCAGAGAUGAUUGUCCUUCUGGAAGGUUCUCCCAUAUCCACAGAGGAACUCUGGAGCUCUGUCAGUGACCAUCAGGUUCUUGGUCACCUCCCUGACCUUUCUCCCCCCGAUUGCUCAGUUUGGCCAGCCAGUCAGCUAGCUCUAGGAAGAGUCUUGUUGAUUCCAAACUUCUUUCAUUUAAAAAUGAUGGAGGCCACUGUGUUCUUGGGGACCUUCAAUGCUGCUUUCAUUAUUUGGUAUUCUUGCCCAGACAUUUACCUACAACACAAUCCUGUCUCGGAGCUCUACAGACAUUUCCUUCGACCUCAUGGCUUGGUUUUUGCUCUGACAUGCACUGUCAACUGUGGGACCUUAAAUAGACAGGUGUGUGCCUUUCCAAACCAUGUCCAAUCAAUUGAAUUUAACACAGGUGGACUCCAAUCAAGUUGUAGAAACAUCUAAAAAAUGAUCAAUGGAAACAGGAUGCACCUGAGCUCAAUUUCUUUCUUUUUUUAUUUGUAUUAAAUUUGCAAAAAUGUCAACCUGUUUUCACUUUAUCAUUAUGGGGUAUUGUGUGUAGAAUGAUGAGAUUUUUUAAAAUCCACUUUAGAAUAAGGCUAUAAUGUAACAAGAUGUGGGAAAAGGGGAGGAGUCUGAAUACUUUCCGAAUACACUGUAUACACAUUUGUAUCAGAUACUGUAGCUGGAGGAUGUUCAUAUUUAUUUACUUGCACAGUUUGUAAAGAGAACCAUUGAUAUAUUUCCAAUUUAGGAAUUUUCUUUGACUAAGAUUACAUGUCACAGUAAUAAAGUCAAAGGAAUGAUUUGA